UCCCGCCCUGCUCGUGUGCGCCGCGGUCCUGAAGUUGCGGACAAGAAGCUCCAGUCGGGCGGGGGACAGGGAGUCCUCUUCUUCCCCGGGUGCACCCCGCGGAUGCUCAUUCCUCCCCUCGGGAAGCGGCGGAGCGGACCGAGCGAAGUUCCCCAGUCAGGGGCCAUCGGGGCGACGGCGGAGGCGAAGGAGAAAAACAGCAGAGACCCCUGAGGCGCGGCGCUCCCGCUAGGCAGACUGAAGGAAACAUGAAGUGCCACAUGCCCACCAGCCACCUCUUCUUCUGGCUUUUCGUGGUCAGCUCUGGAUGCUGGGGUCAGGUAAACCGGCUGCCUUUUUUCAUCAACCAUUUCUUUGACACAUACCUGCUGAUCAGUGAGGAUACACCAGUGGGCACCUCAGUGACGCAGCUGCUGGCUCGUGACAUGGAUAACGACCCCCUGGUUUUUGGGGUGUCUGGUGAGGAGGCCUCUCGAUUCUUUGCGGUGGAGAGUGACACAGGGGUUGUGUGGCUGAGACAGCCCUUGGAUAGAGAGACCAAGUCAGAAUUCACUGUGGAAUUUUCUGUCAGUGAUCAUCAGGGGGUGAUCACAAGGAAAGUGAACAUCCAGGUUGGGGAUGUGAAUGAUAAUGCUCCCACAUUUCACAAUCAGCCCUACAGUGUCCGCAUCCCUGAGAACACACCGGUGGGAACACCCAUCUUCAUUGUGAAUGCCACGGACCCUGACCUGGGAGCAGGGGGCAGCGUCCUUUACUCCUUCCAGCCACCCUCAGAAUUUUUUGCCAUCGACAGUGCCCGGGGCAUCGUCACUGUGAUUCGUGAACUGGAUUACGAGAUUACUCAGGCCUACCAGCUCGUGGUCAAUGCUACGGACCAAGACAAGACAAAACCUCUGUCUACUCUGGCCAACUUAGCCAUCAUCAUCACGGAUGUACAGGAUAUGGACCCUAUUUUCAUUAACCUGCCCUACAGCACAAACAUCUAUGAACAUUCUCCUCCAGGCACAACAGUACGCAUGAUCACAGCGGUUGACCAAGAUAAGGGCCGGCCUCGAGGAAUUGGCUACACCAUUGUCUCAGGUAACACCAACAGCAUCUUUGCACUGGACUACAUCAGUGGGGCGCUAACCCUGAAUGGUGUGCUGGACCGGGAAAAUCCUCUCUAUAGCCAUGGCUUCAUCCUUACAGUAAAGGGCACAGAGCUGUAUGAUGACCGAACCCCAUCAGAUGCGUCCUGCAUUACCACCUUCAACAUCCUUGUCAUUGACAUCAACGACAAUGCCCCUGAGUUCAACAGCUCCGAGUACAGUGUGGCCAUCACUGAACUGGCCCAAGUGGGCUUUGCCCUUCCCCUCUUCAUCCAGGUGGUGGACAAGGAUGAGGGCCUCAACAGCAUGUUUGAAGUAUAUCUGGUGGGCAACAACUCCCACCACUUCAUCGUCUCCCCCACCUCCAUCCAAGGAAAGGCUGACAUCCGAAUGCGAGUGGCCCAACCACUGGACUAUGAGACUGUCUCCCGUUAUGAUUUUGAUAUGUUUGCCAAUGAGAGCGUGCCUGACCACGUGGGCUAUGCCAAGGUGAAGAUUACCCUUAUCAAUGAGAAUGACAACAGACCCAUCUUCAGUCAGCCACUAUAUAACAUCAGCCUGUAUGAGAAUGUCACUGUAGGGACAACAGUCCUGACAGUUCUGGCAACAGACAAUGAUGCAGGCAGCUACGGAGAUGUCUACUACUUUCUCAGCGAUGACUCUGACAGGUUCUCUCUGGACAAGGACACAGGCCUCAUCACACUGAUAGCCAAACUGGACUAUGAGCUGAUCCAGCGCUUUACACUGACCGUAAUUGCCCGAGAUGGGGGUGGUGAAGAGACAACGGGGAGGGUCCGAGUUAACGUGCUGGAUGUCAAUGACAAUGUCCCCACCUUCCAGAAGGAUGCCUAUGUGGGGGCUUUAAGAGAGAAUGAGCCUUCAGUGACCCAGCUGGUUCGGCUCCGGGCCACUGAUGAAGACUCCUCCCCCAACAACCAGAUCACCUAUAGCAUCGUGAAUGCUUCUGCAUUUGGUAGCUACUUCGAUAUCAGCGUCUAUGAGGGUUAUGCAGUGAUCAGUGUCAACCGUCCCCUGGAUUAUGAACAGAUCCCCAAUGGAAUGAUUUACCUGACCAUCAUGGCUAAGGAUGCUGGCAGCCCACCUCUCAACAGCACUGUCCCUGUCACCAUUGAGGUGUUUGAUGAGAAUGACAACCCCCCAACCUUCAGCAAGCCCUCCUACUCUGUCACUGUCGUGGAGAACAUCAUGGCAGGUGCCACGGUGUUGUUUCUGAAUGCAACAGACCUGGACCGCUCCCGGGAAUAUGGGCAGGAGUCCAUUAUCUACUCUCUGGAAGGCUCCUCACAAUUUCGGAUCAAUGCACGAUCAGGUGAAAUCACAACUACAUCCCUGCUGGAUCGAGAAACCAAAUCAGAGUACAUCCUCAUUGUGCGGGCAGUGGAUGGGGGUGUUGGCCACAACCAGAAGACUGGCAUUGCCACUGUGAAUAUCACUCUUUUGGACAUCAAUGACAACCACCCCAUCUGGAAGGAUGCUCCUUAUCACAUCAACCUAGUGGAGAUGACACCUCCAGAUUCUGAUGUCACCACGGUGGUGGCCGUGGACCCUGACCUGGCCGAGAACGGUACUUUGGUGUACAGCAUUCACCCUCCCAACAAGUUCUACAGCAUCAACGGCACCACGGGCAAGAUCAGAACCACCAACGUCAUGCUGGACCGCGAGAACCCUGACCCCGAAGAGGCAGAACUCAUGCGCAAAAUCAUCGUCACCGUCACCGAUUGUGGCAGACCCCCACUGAGAGCCACCAGCAGCGCCACAGUCUUUGUGAACUUAUUGGACCUGAAUGACAAUGACCCCACCUUCCAGAACCUGCCCGCCAUCGCUGAGGUGCUGGAAGGCACCCUCGCUGGGACCUCAGUCUACCAUGUGGUGGCCAUUGACCUGGAUGAAGGCUUGAAUGGGCUGGUGACAUACCGCAUGCAGGUGGGCAUGCCCCGCAUGGACUUCGUCAUCAACAGCAGCAGUGGUGUGGUGACUACCACCACUGAGCUGGAUCGUGAGCACAUAGCAGAGUACUACCUUAGGGUGGUGGCUAGCGACGCCGGCACUCCCACGAAGAGCUCCACCAGCACGCUCACCAUUCGAGUACUGGAUGUGAAUGAUGAGACCCCUACCUUCUUCCCAGCCGCGUACAAUGUCUCCCUGCUGGAGGACAUCCCCCGAGAUUUCCGAGUGGUCUGGCUAAACUGCACAGACAAUGAUGUGGGACUCAACGCUGAGCUCAGUUACUUUAUCACAGGAGGAAACAUCGAUGGUAAAUUCAGGAUCGGCUAUCGAGAUGGCGUGGUCAGGACGGUGGUGAACCUGGAUAGAGAGACCACAGCAGCGUACACCCUGAUUGUGGAGGCCAUUGACAAUGGCCCCGUAGGGAAGCGGAGGACAGGCACAGCCACCGUGUAUGUCACCGUGCUGGACGUGAAUGACAACCGGCCCAUCUUCCUGCAGAGCAGCUAUGAGUCCAGCGUCCCCGAGGACAUCCCCGAAGGCAGCAGCAUUGUGCAGCUGAUGGCCACAGAUGCAGACGAGGGUGAUAACGGGCGUGUGUGGUACCGCAUCCUUCAUGGUAACCAAGGAAACAACUUCCGGAUCCACGUCAGCAGUGGACUUCUGAUGCGAGGUCCCCGGCCCUUGGACCGAGAACGAAACUCAUCCCAUGUGCUGGUGGUGGAGGCCUAUAAUUUUGACCUGGGACCCAUGAGGAGCUCUGUCAGGGUCAUUGUAUAUGUUGAAGAUGUCAAUGAUGAGGUCCCAGUGUUCACCCAACAGCAAUACAGCCGCCUGGGGCUACGGGAGACCGCAGGAAUUGGGACAUCUGUCAUUGUUGUCCAGGCUACAGACCGGGACACAGGGGACGGUGGGCUAGUGAUCUACCACAUCCUGUCGGGCUCAGAGGCGAAGUUUGAGAUUGAUGAGAGCACAGGUCUCAUCAUCACUAUUGACCAUCUGGACUAUGAGACCAAGACAAGUUACCUAAUGAAUGUAUCGGCCACCGACCAGGCGCCCCCGUUCAACCAGGGCUUCUGCAGUGUCUACAUCACUCUCCUUAAUGAGCUGGAUGAGGCCGUACAGUUCUCCAAUGCUUCCUAUGAGGCCGCCAUCAUGGAGAACCUGCCCUGGGGCUCUGAGGUGGUGAGGGUACAAGCAUUCUCCAUGGACAACAUCAACCCCAUAGUCUACAGAUUUGACCCUUAUACCAGCCCCCAGGCCCGGGCCCUCUUCAAAAUCGAUUCUGUCACGGGUGUGAUCACUGUCAAGGGCCUGGUGGACAGGGAGAAAGGAGACUUCUAUACCCUGACAGUCGUGGCAGAUGAUGGAGGGCCCAAAAUUGAUUCUACUGUGGUCUACAUCACGGUGUUGGACGAGAAUGAUAACAGCCCUCAAUUUGACCCAACCUCUGACUCAGCUGUCAGCGUGCCUGAGGACCGCGCUGUGGGACGACGGGUAGCAGUGGUCACAGCUCGGGAUGCUGAUAUAGGCAGCAACGGACAGGUGUCUUUCUACCUGGCCUCAGGAAACAUUGGUGGGGCCUUUGAAAUUCUCACCACCAAUGACUCCAUUGGUGAGGUGUUUGUGGCCAGGCCCCUGGACAGAGAAGAAUUGGAUCACUAUAUUCUCAAGAUUGUGGCCAUUGAUGGUGGCUCUCCUCCUAGAAAGAAAGAUCACAUCUUGCGGGUUACCAUUCUAGACAUCAACGAUAAUCCUCCCGUCAUUGAGAGCCCCUUUGGGUACAACGUCAGUGUGAAUGAGAAUGUGGGUGGGGGCACUGCUGUUGUUCAGGUGAUAGCCACUGACAGGGACAUCGGAAUCAAUAGUGUCCUGUCCUACUACGUCACCGGGGGAAAUGAGGAUAUGACCUUCCGAAUGGACCGGGUCACUGGAGAGAUUGUCACCCGGCCUUCUCCACCAGAUCGAGAACGCCAAAGCUUCUACCACUUGGUGGUCACCGUGGAGGAUGAAGGCACUCCGACUCUCUCGGCCACCACCCAUGUCUAUGUGACAAUUGUGGAUGAAAAUGACAAUGCGCCCGUGUUCCAACAGCCACGCUAUGAGAUCUUGCUAGAUGAGGGCCCAGACACCCAUAAUAUCAGCCUCAUCACAAUCCAGGCACUUGACCUGGAUGAGGGCCCCAAUGGCACCAUAGCCUAUUCCAUCAUCGCUGGCAAUAUCAUCAACACCUUCCAGAUUGACAGUGUCACGGGAGUCAUCACCACUCUAAAGGAGCUGGAUUACGAGAUCAGCCAUGGCCUAUACACUCUAAUUGUCACUGCCACUGACCAGUGCCCUAUCCUAUCUCGACGCCUCACUUCCACUACUACGGUGCUGGUGAAUGUCAAUGAUAUUAAUGACAACGUACCCAUCUUUCCCCGGGACUACGAAGGGCCUUUUGAUGUCACAGAAGGCCAGCCUGGGCCCAGGGUGUGGACCUUCCUGGCUCAGGAUUUGGACUCAGGCCCCAAUGGACAAGUGGAAUACAGCAUCGUGGCUGGGGAUCCUCUGGGUGAGUUUCUGAUCUCUCCUGUGGAGGGAGAGCUUCGGGUCCGGAAGGAUGUUGAGCUCGACCGGGAAAACAUUGCUUUCUACAACCUCACCAUCUGUGCUCGGGACAGGGGGAUUCCCCCACUCAGUUCCACGAUUUUGGUGGGAAUCCGUGUGUUGGACAUCAACGACAAUGAUCCAGUGUUGCUGAAUCUGCCCAUGAACAUCACCCUCAGUGAGAACAGCCCUGUGACCAGCUUCGUGGCCCACAUCCUGGCCAGCGAUGCUGAUAGCGGCCCUAACGCCCUCCUCACCUUCAAUAUUACUGCUGGCAACAGAAACAAUGCCUUCUUCAUCAAUGCCACGACAGGGAUAAUCACUGUGAACCGGCCCCUGGACCGAGAAAGGAUUCCUGAGUAUAAAUUGACUAUUUCUGUGAAGGACAACCCGGAAAACCCACGCAUUGCCAGAAGGGAUUUUGACCUACUGGUGGUCUCCCUUGAAGAUGAAAAUGACAACCACCCACUCUUCACCCAGAGCACCUACCAGGCAGAGGUGAUGGAGAAUUCUCCUGCGGGCACUCCCAUCACAGUGCUGAAUGGGCCCAUCCUGGCCCUGGAUGAUGACCUUGGCAUUAAUGCAGUGGUGACCUACAGACUCCUAGGGACCCAGAGUGACCUCUUUGACAUUGACAACACCACUGGUGUGGUGGUGGUGAAGCAAGGUGUUGUGAUUGACCGAGAAGCUUUCUUCCCGCCAAUCCUGGAGCUGCUGUUGCUGGCUGAAGAUAUUGGGCUUCUCAAUGGCACUGCUGAACUUAUCAUCACUAUCCUGGAUGACAAUGACAACCGGCCUACAUUCACUCCUUCGAUCCUAACUGUAUACCUACUAGAGAACUGCCCUGCAGGCUUUUCUGUCCUUCAAGUCACAGCCACAGAUGAAGACAGUGGCCUCAAUGGGGAGCUGGUCUACCGAAUUCAGGCAGGGGCCCAAGACCGCUUUGUGAUCCAUCCCAUCACAGGGGUCAUCCGGGUUGGCAACAUCACCAUUGAUAGGGAGGAACAAGAAUCCUAUAGGCUGGUGGUGGUGGCAGCAGACCGAGGCACCGCUCCCCUUUCAGGCACCGCCAUCGUCACUAUCCUUAUCGAUGACAUCAAUGACUCCCGGCCUGAAUUCCUCAAUCCCAUCCAGACUGUGAGUGUGCUUGAGUCAAUUGAUCCAGGUACCAUCAUUGCCAAUGUCACCGCCAUUGACCAUGACCUGAGUCCAGAGCUGGAAUACUUCAUUAUUGACAUAGUAGCCAAGGAUGACACUGACCACCUAGUACCCAACCAGGAAGAGGCUUUUGCUGUGAAUAUCAACACAGGUUCUGUGAUGGUGAAAUCAUCCUUGAAUCGAGAACUGGUUGCCACCUAUGAAGUCACCAUUUCUGUGAUUGAUAAUGCCAGUGACCUGCCUGAAAAUGCUGUGAGUGUGCCCACUGCCAAGCUGACGGUCAAUAUUCUGGAUGUCAAUGACAACACGCCCCAAUUCCGGCCCUUUGGGAUCACCUACUACACAGAGCGGAUCCUGGAGGGGGCAACACCGGGCACCACACUCAUUGCUGUGUCAGCCUAUGAUCCAGACAAAGGGGUCAAUGGGCAGAUCACUUACACCCUGCUCAACUUGGUACCCCCAGGGUACGUCCAAUUGGAAGACUCAUCAGCAGGGAAGGUCAUUGCCACCCGAACUGUGGACUAUGAGGAGGUACACUGGGUCAACUUCACCGUCCAAGCCGCAGACAAUGGCUCCCCUCCCAGGGCUGCGGAGAUCCCUGUCUACCUGGAGAUUGUAGACAUCAAUGACAACAAUCCCAUCUUUGACCAGCCCUCCUAUCAGGAAUCUGUGUUUGAGGAUGCACCAGUGGGCACAAUCAUCCUCACUGUCACCGCCACUGACGCAGACUCAGGCCCCUUCGCCCUCAUAGAAUACAGCCUGGGUGACGGAGAAGGCAAAUUUGGGAUCAACCCCACCACGGGAGACAUCUAUGUGCUGUCCUCCCUGGACCGAGAGACAAAGGCUCAUUACAUCCUUACAGCUUUGGCCAAGGACAACCCUGGGGACAUACCCAGCAACCGCAGGGAGAAUUCAGUCCAGGUGGUGAUACAAGUGUUGGAUGUCAAUGACUGCCGACCUCAAUUCUCCAAGCCCCAAUUCAGCACCAGUGUUUAUGAGAAUGAGCCUGCGGGCACUUCGGUCAUCACCAUGAUGGCCACUGACCAGGAUGAAGGGGAGAAUGGAGAACUGGCUUAUUCCAUUGAAGGCCCUGGUGUAGAGGCAUUCCAAAUCGACAAGGAUUCAGGCCUGGUAAUAACCCGGCGGCCGCUACAGUCUUAUGAGAGGUUCAACCUCACAGUGGUAGCUACAGACGGUGGGCAGCCCCCACUCUGGGGCACCACGAUGCUCUACGUGGAGGUCAUCGACGUCAAUGACAACCGGCCAGUUUUUGUCCGUCCACCCAAUGGUACCGUCCUUCACAUCUUGGAGGAAAUCCCUCUUCGGUCAAACGUUUAUGAGGUCUACGCCACAGAUAAGGACGAAGGGCUCAACGGGGCUGUUCGCUACAGUUUCCUGAAGACAGCGGGGAACCGAGACUGGGAGUACUUCACCAUCGAUCCCAUCAGUGGACUUAUCCAAACGGCCAAACGUCUUGACCGAGAGCAGCAGGCUGUGUACAAUCUGAUCCUGGUGGCCAGCGACCUGGGCCAGCCAGUGCCCUACGAGACCAUGCAACCCCUCCAGGUGGCAUUGGAUGACAUUGAUGACAAUGAUCCCAUCUUCGUGAGACCCCCAAAAGGCAGCCCCCAGUACCAGCUACUGUCUGUGCCUGAGCACUCCCAGCCUGGCACCCUUGUGGGCAAUGUGACAGGAGCCGUGGACGCAGACGAGGGUCCCAAUGCUAUUGUCUACUAUUUCAUUGCAGCUGGCAAUGAGGAGGAAAACUUCCUGCUGAAGAAAGAUGGAAGACUCUUGGUAAUGCGGGAUCUGGACCGUGAACGCGAAGCCCUCUUCUCCAUCAUCGUCAAGGCCUCAAGCAACCGGAGCUGGACGCUGCCCCGUGGUCCAGGGGUUUCCCAGGCCCUCGACCUCACAACUGACCUGACGCUCCGAGAGGUGCGAAUUGUCAUAGAGGACAUCAACGACCAGCCUCCACGCUUCACAAAGUCUGAGUAUACUGCAGGAGUGCCCACUGAUGCUAAGGUGGGAUCAGAGCUCAUCCAGGUGCUGGCUACAGAUGAUGACAUUGGCAACAACAGCCUGGUGUUCUAUAGCAUCCUGGCCAUCCACUACUUCCGAGAGCACUCCAAUGACUCAGAAGAUGUGGGUCAGGUCUUCACCAUGGGAAGUAUGGAUGGGAUCCUGCGCACAUUUGACCUAUUCAUGGUCUACAGCCCGGGCUACUUUGUGGUGGACAUCAUCGCUCUGGACCUUGCUGGUCACAAUGACACCGCCCUUGUGGGCAUCUACAUCCUGCGGGAUGACCAGAGGGUCAAGAUUAUCAUCAAUGAGAUCCCUGACCGAGUGCGCGGCUUUGAGGAAGAGUUCAUCCGCUUGCUGUCCAACAUCACGGGCGCCAUCGUCAAUACCGAUGAUGUUCAGUUCCAUGUGGACCAGCGGGGCAGGGUAAACUUUGCGCAGACGGAGCUGCUCAUUCACGUGGUGAACAGAGAAACCAAUCGCAUCUUGGAUGUCGAUCGGGUGAUCCAAAUGAUUGAUGAAAACAAGGAGCAGCUGAGGAAUCUCUUCCGAAACUAUAAUGUGCUAGAUGUCCAGCCUGCCAUCACUCCCCGGCUCCCUGACGACAUGUCAGCCCUGCAGAUGGCGAUCAUCAUUCUGGCCAUCCUCCUCUUCCUCGCGGCCAUGCUCUUCAUUCUCAUGAACUGGUACUAUAGGACUGUACACAAGAGGAAACUCAAAGCUAUUGUGGCCGGAUCCACAGGGAACCGAGGCUUUAUAGACAUCAUGGACAUGCCCAAUACCAACAAGUACUCCUUCGAUGGGGCCAACCCUGUGUGGCUGGACCCAUUCUGCCGGAACCUAGAGCUAGCCGCUCAGGCUGAGCAUGAAGAUGACCUGCCAGAGAACCUCAGUGAGAUCACAGACCUGUGGAACAGCCCUGCCCGCACACACGGGACAUUUGGGAGAGAACCAUCAGCUGUCAAGCCAGAAGAUGACCGCUACCUGCGAGCUGCCAUCCAGGAGUAUGACAACAUCGCCAAGCUGGGCCAGAUCAUCCGGGAGGGGCCCAUUAAGGGCUCGCUGCUGAAGGUGGUCUUGGAGGAUUACCUACGGCUCAAAAAACUGUUUGCCCAACGUAUGAUGCAAAAAGCCGCCUCCUGCCAGUCCUCCAUCUCAGAGCUAAUCCAGACAGAGCUAGAAGAGGAGGCGGGGGACGGGAGCCUGGGCCAGGGCAGCCUUCGCUUCCGCCACAAGCAGCCCAUUGAGCUGAAGGGGCCAGAUGGAAUCCACGUGGUGCACGGGAGCACAGGCACCCUCCUGGCCGCUGACCUCAACAGCCUCCCCGAGGACGAUCAGAAAGUCCUGGGUCGGUCCCUGGAGACGCUGACCGCCGAAGCUGGGGCCUACAACGAGCGCAAUGCCCGCACUGAGUCCGCUAAAUCCACCCCCAUGCACAAAAUGCGGGAGGUGAUCAUGGAGAGCCCACUGGAAAUCACAGAGUUAUGACUAGAAGUGGCAUCGCUGGUGUGAGGGCAUCGGGGCCCAGCCUGCGAGCGGGCAGGUAGCUCACGAGACUGCACGGAAGAGGUCACCCCAGAGCAGAGGGGCCAGGGCACCUUCCUUAUCCUAGCCUUGGGGGGAGGGCCCAGGGGGAAGCCUGGAACAACCUCCCAAGCCCCCAGUAUCGACCUCUCCAGACUCUUUACAUUUACCAGACACUCAUUCAGCAUCUGAUCUUUACAUUCAUAAAAUCUGUUAUUUUUUUAAGAAAACCAAACGGAUCUAUUAGCAUCUACGGAUGACAUCAGGGGAGCUUAGCCCUGACUCCUGGGGGCCCAAGAGUUGGACAAAUAACUUAUCUGAGGACAAGAACACGACAAGAAGCUUCAGGCUUUUGCUGCCCUCUCCUCCUUAAACCCCAGCCCACACCAGCUCAGGCUGAUCCAUCCUCCUGUACAGGGAGGAAGCCAUUGCUUGGGCAAGGGGUAUCCAAGGAGGGAAACAGCCAUUGCCCUGGAAGCUAGUUUGACCUACCUCCCUCCCCAUCUAGCACCUUACUCUUAGUUAAAAUCCCGCUGCUUCUAACCCAUCCGUGAAUCCAUGCCCAUGAUGGCGGCAGAGUCUGUCCCACUGCCCCAGCCCUGGAACAGGAAGGGAGGCGCAGGGAGGAGGGUCAUUUCCUCCAUUUUGCUGGCUUACCAAACACAUACAACUAACCAAGCAAAACAACUGAGGUUCCCCAGGUUUUGAAUGUCACGUGUUUGUUGUGUAAUUUUUAAAAAUUAAUUUAUCCCUCUACCUGCCCCCACCUCACCUCAGUUUCAUUUCUCAGUAGUCAUUGUUGAAAGUUUUUGGAAUGGUCUGUUUAAACAAAGGAACCGGAAAUACACUCUGGAUUUGGUAAA